CGACAUAGUUGACGCGUGUGAGCCCGACAGAGUAGGCCAGUUUUCUUGGGGGUCGGCUACAUUAGCGUACAUGUAUCGCCAGUUAGGAUUCUCGAGCCGGGCUGAUGCGGCAGGUAUCACUGGAUGUAUGACGUUGUUACAGACGUGGAUAUACGAGUAUUUCCCGGCGUUUCGACCACACCGCGACCCGGUUCCUAUUGGGGAUGGCCAGCCACGUGCCUGUGCGUGGAGUCCGCGUGUCGAGAAGAAGUCCAUUGACCGCCUGCGAUCGAUACGGUUAUUGCUUGACAGGAUGUCCCCAUUAGAGGUGAACUGGAUGCCUUUCGGCCAGAACCCUAGUAAUAGGGUACCCAGGACCCUCUACACGGGACUGAUUCAGUAUCGUGAGAUCGUAGAGGCGUACAUGCCGCAGCGCUGUCUUCGCCAGCUUGGAUAUGUCCAAGUUGUUCCUCCUCCACCAGCAUGGCCCAGUAAGGCCGUCCGAUCUGCGUCGUUGAAGGAGUACGUCGUCCAAUGGCCGGCAAGCAUGAUUGGCACGUGGGAGCAGUUUCCGAUGGUUGCCCGCAUAUGGAUUGAGCAGUUGCAGCGGCCGCCAACUGGGGUGGCUGCCAUGUGUGACCAGCACUACAUGGAGUGGUACAACCGGCACUCGCACCCGAGGUUGAUCAGAGACGUCCACCACGGCGACGACGCCGAUGAUGAUGAUGUGCCACCGCCCACUGCCGUGGAUGCGGUACGUCUCAUAAAACAUUUGUAGUUGUGUUUUUUUUCAUAUAAUACGUCUCAUAAUACGUCGUUAUUGAAUUUUAUGUGUUUUGUUAUGUGUAGUGGAUGGAAAAGAUGACGCAGUUGGGACACAGACUUUUUGAGGAGAGGGACAACAUGACGACUGCAACAGGCAGAGCUGUUAUUGAUGAACUGGAACGGGCCCUUGAGCAGUGGCAGUGGGCGUCACAGAGAGAUUAUUGAUAUGUCGGCAGUGCAUUUAUAAAACAUUUUCCUAGUUGUUUGUAAAAGUUAACAUUAUCUGUUCUUAUAAUUAUUAUUUUAAGUUCUUAGAAUUUGACAUUAUAUUUUUAGUUUUUAUAACUUUUAUUUUAAGUUGUAAUUAGUGGGCAUACGAAAACUAAAUACAGGUUCACAUUUAAAUGGGAAAACUAAAUACGAAAAUUAGAA